AUGAGAUUUUUGUUUAUUUCAAUUAUUGCGAUGUUGAAUCUUUAAAUGAAAAAUAAUUAAAUAAAACUUCUAAUAAUAAUGGUCUUAAUAUAGUAAAUGUUUUUAUUGACGACGAAAAAUAAUAAUUAGAUUAAUUAUAUAAAUCAGAUAAAAAAAUAUUCGGGAUUAAAAUUUGGGACUAAUGUAAUAAUAUAGUCGUAGUAAUAUAAAAAUCACUUAAUAAUAAAAUUUGGAUGUUUUGUUUAAUUUUGCUCAUGUCUUGUUCUAAAAAAAGUAUUUAGGUUAAAUUUAAUGUUUCAAAUGCUAGAAAAAUAACUAAGCUAUUAAUUUUUUUGGGAUUUUUUUCAAUGCUUUUUUGCACUAAUAACCCUUAAGAAAUUAUUCAUUUAUAGAAAAAUAAUUUUUUAAAAAUAACUAAUAAUAUAAGGCUUAAUUUUGAUAUUCUUUUUAAAUUUUUUUAUCCUAUUUUGA